AUGAAAUCAUCCAUCGAUAAUUAUAUCGCCUCUUGUACAAAAUGUGCAAAAUUUAAUAUUCAUCGCGCAAAUACUCCAGGAAAACUUUUACCGAUCGGGCCACUGCAAGGCGUUGUGGAGAUACUCGGUAUGGACUAUUGGAAUCCGACAACAACAACAACUAACGAUAACCGUUACGUGCUAGUUAUUACCGACUAUCUGUCCAAAUUUGUCAUAGCCAAAGCAACACGAACCAAUACUGUUCAAACAACCGCCCAGAUCCUUGUUGAUGAACUCAUCUUCAAAUAUGGCGUACUACAUCGUCUUAUAACAGACAAUGCUGUCCAUUUCAACAACGAUCUCCUCAAAGCACUAGCGGCACAGAUAGGUUUUCAUCACAUAAAAUCAACUCCUUAUCAUCCACACACGAACUGCCAGGUCGAACGGUUUAACGCUAAUUUUCGUCCACAAUUGGCAAAAUUACAAUCAGAAAACACCAAUGACUGGGCUGAAUCUUUACCAGCUAUCCCAUCCGCGUACAAUACCGGGCAACAUGCAUCCACCACGUUUACACCUUUUCAAUUAAUGUAUGGUUGCCACGCAACUCUACCGUUCGACCCACGAAAGGAUCCGCUCAUCAUGAACCGACAAUCAGAUUAUUGGAUCCAAAUACAGCAUUUAUUAUGGAUUUAUCAACAAACCGCACGUUCAAACAUCAAAAGUACACAGCAUUACGCGAAACAACGAUAUGACAACGGCCGAAAUGAUCCUCGCUCUUUACCCGGCGAUUACGUUUUUUCUAAAAAUACAAGUCGUAAAUCAAAGAUGGAGGAAUUUUAUUCUGGUCCCUAUAUUGUGAUUCAGGUGCAACAUUCAAAUUAUCUCAUUGAAGAUUUAGAAUCAAAAUUCCAUCAAACAGUCCACGCUAGCCAUUUGGCACCAGUCCAUGAACGUUAG